AUGACGAACAAGUUGGCAUUUGAAGCACUUGAUAGAACUUUUUGUGACCUAAUGAGUUCGAAUGUUGCUUCGGCUCGUGAUAUUCCAUUUGGUGGGAAAGUUAUUGUUCUUGGUGGUGAUUUUAGACAAGUGUUGCCAGUUAUUCUGAAAGGAACUCGUGCUGAAAUAGAGGAUGAAAUAAUUGUUGAUAUUCCAAGUGAUUUACUUGUUCCUCCAACUGACAAUCCUAUUCAGGAUAUUGUUUCAGCUAUAUAUUCAAAUAUUCAUGAUAACUAUGGUAAUGUUUCUUAUUUUCAAGAACGUGCUAUACUUGCUCCUACUGUUGAUAUUGUGCAACAGAUAAAUGACUUUGUUGUUGACAGUUUUCCUGGGUCUGAGAAGGUUUAUUUGAGUUUUGACUCUAUUUGUCGAAGUGAUUGUCAAUAUGGGAUUGACACUGAUUGGUUGACAACUGAGUUUUUGAACCAGAUUACAUGUUCUGGGAUACCAAAACAUGCUCUUAAACUGAAGAAAGGUGUUCCCAUUAUUUUGUUAUGGAACAUAGAUCAAGCAAAUGGAUUCUGUAAUGAAACUCGACUCAUUGUUCAAGAUCUUGGAGAGAACAUUAUUGGUGCUGAAAUUGUGUCCGAAAGUAACAUUGGUGGCAAAGUUUUUAUUCCUCGGAUGAAUUUAAUACCCAGUGAUCCUGGAAUCCCGUUUAAAUUUCAGCGUAACAGUUUCCAGUUAGUCUUUGUUUUGCAAUGA